GCGCGGCUUGUCAUGGCCACACAGAUGUCGCAUGUUGGUGUACGUCGCCCCUGGCUACAUACAAGGGGCAGUCUACGCCUCUAACUGCCGCUGGCCCUCGUUCUGACACUUCACGCCUCAGCCCAGGCUUGACAUCUCUUGACUGUCGCAAAAACCUACGCAUUCACGCUCACCUAUCGACAGCCUAACGUAUGCAUUGAUCCGAACAUACUGCCUCGGGUUUCAUUGCGAACAGCCAAGGUGUAACCCCACACCGACCCAUAGAAGCUUAAAGCAAUCGUGCUCCCCGUACCAUUCGAACGACAGUCUGGAACCCACUACCUGAUCCUUAAUAUUUGACCACUCCGCGCAGCAACCCACAGAGUCUCUGAGAGACUCAUCACCAAGCAAGAACCAAGAUCUUACGAACACGGUCGCUUUAAACCGCAAUAAUGGUCGCUCACGGGGGUCACGAGCCGUCGUCGUCAACGGAGUCGAUGGAGUCAAUGGCGGGCAUGGAAUCGACCUCACACGGCAUGAUGCAAAUGGCCUUCAUGACAGCGACUAACACACCUCUCUACUCGAAAUCAUGGACCCCACAAAAUGCUGGUCAAUACGCGGGAACAUGCAUCUUUCUCAUCCUGCUUGCCAUCUCUCUUCGCGCCAUCUUCACAGCCAAGUCUUUCCUUGAAGCCAAGGCAAUGGAAAGCGCCCUGAAACGGAGAUACGUUGUUGUUGCUGGUGAGAAGACGGUUUCCGACCAGGCUAUGAACGACGGCAACUCCAUGACUGGGAUCCUCACAACCAACGGAGUACAAGAGGACGUAAGGAUCGUGUCAGCGCCGGUCAAGCACACUCAGCCAUGGAGGUUUAGCGUCGACCUUCCGCGAGCACUGUUGAUGACCAUCGCAGCGGCCGUUGGCUACCUUCUCAUGUUGGCUGUGAUGACAUACAACGUCGGCUAUUUCUUGUCUGUUCUAGCGGGCGCAUUCAUUGGUGAAUUAGGAUUUGGCAGGUUCAAUCAAGGGGUUAUGAGCAUGUGAAUGAAUCACGGUGGUUACAUGACUGAAUGAGGCGACACGGCAGGUUCCGUGAGGUUCACCCAGCUUCGUCUUCCUUUCGAGUAAAGCAAAGGACAUGUCUUGUCGGUGAUAUAGCAGGGUUUGAGGCCAAUCGAUAGCCUGUGUGGGAUCUGAAAUAUCAAGAUAGCUCUCGAAUAGAGUCAUCUGUUGCCGCAGGGCUAAUUUACAAAUGUACAAGGCACACGAAAGACUUGCUUGCAGAACAUGGC